CAGUUGACGUAUGAGUUUUACUCUCUAGCCGGCCCUGCAGGCGGCAUCCUUAAAAGUUUAUAUUUGUUUUAAAAGAAAAAGAGCAGGGAAAUGGAUGUUCCAAUGUCUAGUGAAAUGUUUCAAGGUCAGGCUCAUAUCUACAAGCAUGCCUUCAGUUUUGCAAAUUCCAUGGUUCUUGGUUGUGCAAUUCAAUUAGGUAUACCAGAUGUUAUUCAUAGUCAUAAGCAGCCAAUGACUCUGUCUCAACUUGUUUCUGAGCUGAAACUUCUUCCUGAAAAAUCAGAUGCAAUUCAUCGAUUGAUGCGCCUAUUGGUAUACUCUGGCUUCUUUGCUACUAGAGAAUUUCUUGAUGAAAACUCAGAAAAUCAACAAGGGUAUGUUCUUACACCUUCUUCUAAGCUGCUUUUGAGGAGUGAGAUCCCAAACUUGUCACCUUUUGCUAGAGCUAUGGUUGAUCCUGUUAUGGUGAAUCCAUGGCAAUCUUUGGGGGAUUGGAUUCUAGGAAACGAAACCACCCCAUUUGAGACAGCACAUGGUGCACCCAUGUGGCAAUUCUGUGACCAAAAUCCAAGAUUCAACAAUGUUUUCAAUGAAGCAAUGGCUAGUGAUUCCCAAAUGAUGUGUUUGGUUGUAAAGGACUGCAAACAAGUUUUUCAAGACAUGGAUUCCUUGGUUGAUGUUGGAGGUGGCACUGGAAUUAUAGCUAACACUAUUUUAGCUGCAUUUCCUCAUCUAAAAUGCACUGUGUUGGACCUACCUCAUGUUGUUGCUAACAUGCCAGACACAGAAAAUUUGAAAUAUGUAGGAGGUGACAUGUUUCACUCAAUUCCCUCUGCUGAUGCCAUUUUGUUUAAGCAUGUGAUGCAUAAUUGGAGUGAUGAAAAUUGUGUGAAGAUCCUAAAGAGAUGUAGAGAAGCUAUCAAGGAUAAAAAUGAAGGAAGAAAAGGGAAGGUCCUUAUCAUUGACAUGGUAUUGGAUAGAGAUGAAGAAGCAGCAAACAUGACUGAAGUGAAGCUCAUUUUUGAUGUACUAAUGAUGGUUUUAGUCACUGGAAGGGAGAGAACUGAGAAAGAAUGGGAAAAUCUAUUCCUUGAGGCUGGCUUCAUGAGCUACAAGAUUACACCUCUCUUUGGCCUAAGGUCCCUCAUUGAAGUUUUUCCUUAAAAUAUUAUGUAAGGAUUAAAAUAAAUUGAUGAACUACAUGUAUUGUCGUACCCUUGUAGUUCUUGCCUUAUGUUGUAUAUUGUGUUCCAUUAUCACACUAUUUUGGUGUUGUUAUUGUUUCUUUCUUUCUUGUAGACUUUACAUUGCUUUUCUUAUUAACGACUAUGCUUUCUUCAUU